ACUGCUAUUGGUUCUUUCGAGCGCGUUCAUUUACUGUCGCGCCCGCACCCGAACGGCAGUGCGCGGAUCUCUCAUUAAACAAGGACAACUUAGUUAGUGACCUACAAUACCAAAACGUGAGAGUUUUACUUCUAAACAGUGCAGUGAUUGACUAUUUUGUUCCCCGUGCAAUGAAGAACUUUAUCCCCAACCUGUGGAUCGUUUUGGUUCUCCUUCCUUCGCUUAAAGCUGUCGACUAUGAUGAUGACUUCAAUUGGAAACUGGAUAUGGAGAGCCACGGUAACGGCAAAACCCCAGCGUGUAUGGACAUUCCCAAGGACCUGAGAUUAUGUUAUGAUGUGGGCUACAACAAAAUGAUGCUUCCCAAUUUACUGGAUCACGAAAGCAUAAUGGAUGUGAAGAUGCAAGCAAUCGGCUGGGUUCCUCUGGUACACAAAGCCUGUCACCCAAGCACGCAAUUGUUACUGUGCUCGCUCUUUGCGCCCGUAUGCCUGGAGAGACCCUUAUAUCCGUGCCGAUGGCUCUGUGAGGCUGUCCGGGACAAGUGCGCGCCUUUAAUGGAGUCAUUUGGGUUCGCGUGGCCUGAAAUGCUGAAUUGUGACAAGUUCCCCCAGGACGAUUUGUGCAUUUCCAUGAACGAGACCAGCAGCAAUAUCUCCAAACCCGCAGGCCAGCCUUCUGUGUGUCCACCAUGUGACAACGAAAUGAAUGCAGAUGCAAUUCUGGAGCACAUGUGUGCCAGUGAAUUCGCAAUCAAGGCGAAGAUUAAGGAGGUGAAAAUAGAGAACUUGGACAGAAAAGUCAUUCUGCAGAAAAGGAGGAAGCCGUUGAGACCUGUAACCCUGAAAAAGGAGGAACUGAAGAAGCUUGUUCUUUACCUGAAAAAUGGGGCAAACUGUAAUUGCCAACAACUUGACAACCAUGGAAAAUUCUACUUAAUUAUGGGUCGCUUGGUUGGAAAACAGCAUAUUCUGACUGGAAUUCACAAGUGGGACAAAUCAAGUCAAGAAUUUAAGAAGGUCCUUAAAAAACUUAAAAGCCAUAAAUGUCCAGAAUUUGAAGGAGUGUUUAAAUGAGCAGUUUUUUAAAUGAUAAUAUUGAUAUUGAAUUGUAGUCCUCUUUUGUGAUUAUAGCAUUUUAUGAUCUUUUUUAUUACUGUACAGUAUACAAACAAAAAAUAGGCUUUGGAGUUUGCCUAAGAAAUACCUGAAUAUGUUUAUGCAAUUUCAAGCUUGAACAUUUAUAGCCAAUACAAGAAACAAACAACAUUUACCAUAAAAAAUAUAAUCAUCCAUUAUGCUGCAAAAUGCACUCAUUAUUCAUUCAUACAUUUCAGGUCAUUAUCCGUGUCUAUAUAGUGUGAUUUCUGCUUUGCGAACACGGUCUUUAUAUGUUUUGACGCUUUCAUGUUGGAUUAAUUAUAUUUUAGGCAAUCUGUUGUUUUAUGUUUCAUAAACAGCUGUCUGCCGUUUCGAUUCAAUCAUAACACAUGCAUUAAUCAUUGGACACACUUUGUUUGACAGUUUGUUAGUUUGGCUUCAUCAUGAAGUGAAAGAUGUGGUAUGCCUGAUGGACUGUACUCAUAAAAUGAACAUUAAAACAAAACAUAUUUUUACUA